AUUUCAGAUUUUGCAAGGGCGGUUGUCACCUCCCGCCGCAAAACCUUAAACCCUCGAAGGAGCUCUGCUAACCCCUGUCGCAGCCAUUAAUCUCCGUUUCCUCACACACAGGGAGCAUGGAGCGAUCUCAGAAGUCUCACAGGUCUCGUCAAUCUGGCCCCUCAGCCAAGAAAAAAUCCGAUACUGAUAAGAAGAAACGCGGCCUCACCGAUGAUAAGAAGCGAGACCCUAGUACUGAUAAGAAGAAACGCGACCUCACUGAUGAUAAGAAGCGAAACCCUAAGGCUUUCGCAUUCAAUUCAACUGUGAAAGCUAAGCGUCUACAAUCCCGUGCUUCAGAGAAAGAGCAGCGUCGCCUCCACAUUCCAACUAUUGAUCGCAAUACAGGGGAACCUGCUCCUUAUGUUAUCGUUGUCCAUGGCCCUCCUCAGGUUGGAAAGUCUCUACUUAUAAAAUCUCUUAUCAAGCACUACACCAAGCAUAACAUACCAGAUGUGCGAGGUCCAAUCACUAUUGUAUCAGGUAAACAAAGAAGGCUACAAUUUGUGGAGUGCCCAAAUGAUAUCAAUGGUAUGAUCGAUGCUGCUAAAUUUGCUGAUCUUGCACUUUUGCUUAUUGAUGGAAGCUAUGGUUUUGAAAUGGAAACAUUUGAGUUUCUUAACAUCAUGCAAGUUCAUGGAUUCCCAAAAGUUAUGGGUGUUCUUACACAUCUUGAUAAGUUCAAAGAUGUCAAGAAACUCAAAAAGACAAAGCAAAGACUCAAACAUCGUUUCUGGACAGAAAUUUAUGAUGGGGCAAAAUUAUUCUACUUAUCUGGUCUUAUUCAUGGAAAGUAUGUGAAGCGUGAAGUUCAUAAUCUUGCAAGAUUCAUUUCUGUUAUGAAAUUUCAUCCUCUUUCAUGGAGAACCAAUCAUCCUUACAUUCUAGUAGACCGUUUUGAAGAUGUUACACCUCCAGAUAAAGUGUCGACCAAUAAAAAAUGUGAUAGAAAUGUGACAUUAUAUGGUUAUUUACGUGGUUGCAAUAUGAAAAAAGGAACUAAAGUGCAUAUUGCUGGUGUAGGAGAUUAUAAUGUAGCAGGUGUAACAGGUUUACCUGAUCCUUGCCCUUUACCUUCAGCUGCAAAAAAGAAAGGGUUACGUGAUAAAGAGAAGCUUUUUUAUGCACCUAUGUCUGGAUUAGGGGAUCUUUUAUACGAUAAAGAUGCUGUUUAUAUAAACAUUAAUGAUCACUUUGUUCAGUUUUCUAAAAAAGAUGAUGAAGAUGAUGGUUCAGGAGCUAGAGAUGUAGGCGCAGAUCUUGUGAAAUCACUACAAAACACGAAAUAUUCUGUUGAUGAGAAGUUAAAUAAUAGUUUUAUCAAUCUUUUUAGUCAAAAAAGUGGAAAAAUUACAAAUGGUGAUGAAAAUAACUCCAUUGAACCUAUGGAGGAAGCUAAUACUGUUGGUUCUGAUGAGGAAAGUGAAGAUGAAGAAGAUGUUGAUGACUCUGAUGAAGAUAACAACCCUCAUGAAAAGUCAACUGAUAGUCAAAAAGUCAAAGAUAACAUUCAGGAAGAAGUUGAGAUUCAUGAGGGAAGAAGAAGGAGAAAAGCAGUUUUUGGAAACGAAAGCGAGCUUGAUGAUCAAGAGGCUACUGAUGAAGAUGAUGAUGAAGAAGAAGAUAAUGAUUCAGAUGAUGAUCAAAAUUCUUCUGAGGAAGAAGAAGAGGAAGAGGAAGAAGAUCUAGAAGAGAAUGCAGGGAAUGCUUCAAAAUGGAAAGAAUCAUUAAUUGAAAGGACAAUAUCAAGAAAAAGCAUUAAUCUUAUGCAACUUGUGUAUGGGAAGUCUGAAACAAAACCAGAUGCUUCUUCCCAUGAAGAAAUUGAUGCAAAUGGAAGCGAUGAUGAUGAGUUUUUCAAGCCCAAAGGUGAAGGAAACAAGAAAUCAAGCGAAGGAGUGGAGGGCAAUAUGGUAAAUACAGAAGAUAGUUCCAAAUUCACAAACUUUGCUAAUGUAAAAGACUGGAAAGAUGGAGAAACAAUUGAAAGCAUUCGUGAUCGUUUUGUAACCGGAGACUGGUCAAAGGCUGCUCGUCGAGUGGAAGGUGCUGACGUGGACGGUGAAAAUGACGAUGAUGCCCCUGUGUUUGGUGAGUUUGAAGACUUGGAAACAGGUGAGAAGAAUGAAGGUGAUAAAACAGAGCCUGACUCAGUUGCUGAAGAACGAAGGCUCAAAAAACUUGCUCUUCGUGCAAAAUUCGAUGCUCAAUACAAUGAAUCCGAUUCAUCUGAUGAAGAUGAUGAUGACAACAAUAAAAAAAUCAAGAGUAAUAACAACAAAGCUAAUGAAGUUAGUUAUAUCGACAAGUUGAAAGAGGAAGCUGAGCUUCAGAGACAAAGAAAUAUAGCUGAACUUGAAGACCUAGACGAGGCCACACGGUUAGAAAUAGAGGGUCACCGCACUGGAACCUACCUCAGAUUAGAAAUUCAUAAUGUCCCAUAUGAAAUGAUUGACCAUUUUGACCCUUGUCAUCCUCUUCUCAUUGGUGGAAUCGGCCUCACAGAAGAAAACGUUGGAUACAUGCAGGCAAGAUUUAAGCGACACAGAUGGCAUAAAAAAGUAUUAAAAACAAAAGAUCCAAUAAUCGUUUCAAUCGGAUGGAGGCGUUACCAAACACUCCCAAUAUACGCCAUUGAAGACAUAAACGGGCGCCACCGUAUGCUAAAAUACACCCCCGAACACAUGCACUGCCUCGCCAUGUUCUGGGGCCCACUCGCCCCUCCCAACACCGGGAUCGUAGCCGUCCAAAAUCUCUCAAAUAGUCAGGCAUCAUUCAGAAUCACAGCUACUGCGGUUGUCCUAGAGUUCAACCAUUCCGCAAAAAUCGUUAAAAAACUAAAACUAGUUGGCGAACCGUGUAAAAUUUACAAAAAAACCGCACUUAUUAAAAAAAUGUUCACUUCUGACCUUGAAGUGGCAAGAUUCGAAGGCGCGUCGAUUCGAACUGUUAGUGGGAUUCGUGGACAAGUGAAAAAGGUGGGAAAGAUUGAGUUGGGUAAUAAGCCUAAAAAGAUGGGGGGAAAAGUUGAAGAAGGAAUAGCGAGGUGUACUUUUGAAGAUAAGAUUUUAAUGAGUGAUAUUGUAUUUUUGCGCGCGUGGACUCAAGUUGAUGUCCCGUGUUUUUAUAACCCGUUGACAACCGCCUUGCAACCACGUGGCGACACCUGGCGCGGUGUGAGAACAGUAGCGGAAUUGAGAAGAGAAUAUAAUGUUCCAAUUCCUGACAACAAAGAUUCUCACUACAAGAGGAUAGAAAGACCGUUGAAGAAGUUCAACCCGGUUGUGGUCCCGAAAUCAUUGCAAAGUUCGUUGCCAUUCCGGUCAAAGCCGAAGGAUGUGAAGACAAAGAAGGAUGGGAGGGCGGUUGUUCCAGAACCACAUGAGAGAGAUGUUCAUAAACUCGUGCAGCAUUUGCAGUUGAUUAGGCAUAAUAAGAUGAAGCAGCAGAAAGUGAAGAAAAUGGAGAAGAAGAAAAAGUAUGAUGUGGAGAAAGCUAAGGAAGAAGUGGUGACAAAGAAACGUCAAAGGGAAGAAAGACGGGAGAGGUUUCGUAGCCAAGAUAAGUUGCAGAAGAAAAUGCGCAGAGAUUGAGGCCACUUAUAAUUUUUGCAUUUAAUGGUUUGUGUUUUUGUUAAGUUUUCGAGGCUUUAUGAAUAGUGGGAUAAACUUGAAGGUGAGAUUGUAUUAUUUUAUAAUUUAGACUCGUAUUGCCGGCAAAAAUGUUGUAAAAUUUUGGUUAAGUUAUAUAUGAGAUUGGUUUUCCUGCGGUUCGUUAA